ACGGUUGGCAAACCGGUGACAGACGAAUAAAUAACUUCUUCCCCAGUCAACAUAAAUCGUUCUUAAAUAAACAGUACUGUAUAUAUGUAUGUACAGAAUAUUACGUUAACCAAAAGUCAAAUACAAAAUUUGCAAAUAAAAUCGAGUACACGGCUCAGGCAUAACAAACUCUAACAAGUUUACGUGUUAAGUUAAUAUUGCUUGCAGCCUGUUUACCUGUCUAAUUAAUUCCAAAAUCGCGUAAAAUAAACAAAAGUUAAAACGAGAAACAAUGUUAUUUCUAUGGCUACUAUUUAUGUUGCUGCCAAAUUUGAUUUUAUGUCAAGAGGAAAAACCACCUGCCAGGCCGAAUAUUAUUUUUAUUUUGGCUGAUGAUCUGGGCUUUAAUGAUGUGGGUUUCCAUGGCUCAGCAGAGAUUCCCACGCCCAAUAUUGAUGCUUUGGCUUAUUCUGGAAUUAUUCUAAAUCGUUACUAUGUGGCACCCAUUUGUACUCCUUCAAGAUCUGCUUUAAUGACCGGGAAAUAUCCAAUUCAUACGGGAAUGCAGCAUACAGUUCUCUAUGCCGCUGAACCACGAGGUUUGCCGCUGGAGGAGAAGAUACUGCCCCAGUAUUUGAACGAGUUGGGUUACACCUCUCACAUAGCUGGCAAAUGGCAUCUCGGUCAUUGGAAGCUGAAAUAUACUCCACUGCAUCGAGGCUUUAGUAGCCAUGUCGGAUUCUGGUCAGGUCAUCAGGAUUACAACGAUCAUACUGCCGUUGAAAACAAUCAGUGGGGUUUGGAUAUGCGUAAUGGCACCGAAGUGGCCUAUGAUCUUCAUGGACAGUACACAACGGAUGUGAUAACUGAACACUCGGUCAAGGUUAUUGCCAACCAUAAUUCCACCAAUGGUCCUCUCUUCCUCUACGUGGCACAUGCAGCAUGCCAUUCGAGUAAUCCGUAUAAUCCGUUGCCAGUUCCGGAUAACGAUGUGGUCAAGCUGGGACAUAUUCGACAUUAUAAACGUAGGAAGUUUGCAGCUAUGGUAUCCAAAAUGGACGACUCCGUGGGUGAAAUCGUAGACCAGCUGCGUAAAUCCAACAUGCUGGAAAACUCUAUUAUUAUAUUCUCCUCGGAUAAUGGUGGUCCAGCCCAAGGAUUUAACCUGAACUUUGCCUCAAAUUACCCCUUGAAAGGUGUUAAGAACACCCUGUGGGAGGGCGGAGUAAGAGCAGCGGGUCUCAUCUGGUCACCUCUGCUGAAGAAAAGCCAGCGGGUUUCCAAUCAGACGAUGCACAUCGUAGACUGGCUACCCACGCUCCUCGAAGCAGCUGGUGGUCAACCCUCUGUGGCUAAUCUUAGCAAAGCAAUCGACGGUCAGAGUAUUUGGAGGUCUUUGGUACAGGAUAAGGCAUCACCACGUCUUAAUGUGCUCCAUAAUAUCGAUGACAUUUGGGGAAGUGCCGCCAUCAGCGUAGGAGAUUGGAAAUUGGUCAAGGGCACCAACUAUCGAGGCAGUUGGGAUGGAUGGUAUGGACCAGCUGGAACAAGAGAGCCCAAUCUCUAUGACUGGCAAAUGGUGGCGAAGAGUAGGUCAGGCAAAGCCUUGGAAGCACUCCGUAUGCUGCCAAGUCGAGCGGAUCUGCAGAGAUUACGGGCAGCUGCCACAGUCUCCUGCCAGAGUCAAUCCUCUGAAGGAACCAGUUGUAAGGCCACCGCCUUUUCAGCUCCAUGCUUGUUCCACAUUCGCAAUGAUCCUUGUGAGCAGUUCAAUCUGGCAAAGCAAUAUCCGGAAGUUGUAAACGCCUUGUUGGUAGAGUUGGAGCGCUUUAACUCUACAGCAGUGCCGCCUUCAAAUAAGCCUGCUGAUCCUCGUGCUGAUCCCAGGUUCUGGAACUUUACGUGGACCAACUUUGGGGACUAUCAAAACAAUGAUGUUGAUUCGGCUAGUGGGGAUAUAAGUUUAGUAAAGACUGCUUAGAAUAAAAGUGAUGAAGUUUUAG